UGGGAAGAAACUUCUUUUAAUCUUCAAGAAUUUCAUCGAUCGAUCAAAGGGUUUUCUUGAUACAGAAGUUCUCUAGAUUUCCAAGAAGAUGGACAUAAUUUCCCAAUUACAAGAGCAGGUCAACACCAUUGCAGCCAUCGCCUUCAAUACAUUCGGAACAUUGCAAAGAGACGCACCUCCAGUUCGUCUCUCUCCCAACUAUCCCGAGCCUCCUGCCACUGCUGCACCUCCCACCGCUGCUACUGCUACUAACGCUGCCGCUGCCAAUCCCACCACUGAAGAGUCUCCCAAUAAUAAUAUCUCCGAACAACCUAAGCUUCUCAGCGCUGAACUCGUCAAAGCUGCUAAACAGUUUGAUGCGUUGGUAGCCGCACUUCCAUUGGCAGAAGGGGGCGAGGAAGCUCAGCUGAAAAGAAUCGCAGAACUUCAGGCUGAAAAUGAUCUUGUUGGCCAAGAACUUCAAAAGCAACUUGAGGCUGCAGAGAAGGAAUUGAAACAAGUCCAGAAAUUGUUCAACGAAGCAGCAGAUAAUUCCCUCAACUUGAAGAAACCAGACUAACGAUCAGGAUCUGCGAAUGGCGAAUCUUGAUUUCUGCCCGAAUCUGUUGGCGGGCAUUUGCUUAUACAAAUGGUGCGCGAUUUAGUUCAAUUCAUGUUGUAUUGGUUUAGUGCUUUAUACGAUUCAAUCGGUAAAAAGUUGUAGUUUAUACAACGACUUAGCUUUAUAUUUUACUUGUUUAGUAAGUAACUAAUCAAAGUUGAGGUGAUUAACCAUGAAAUUUGGUUGUUAAAUAACAGCUUCUGAUCUUUUU